AUGCAUCUCACAUCGAACCGCUGUCUCCUCGCGAGCACCCUGCUCGGCGCAGCACUCGCCUGCGCUCAGGACGACGAUUCCCAGCAGGAUCCGUACGCGCCCGUCUACGGCCAAUGCCCUGACGGCCUGCGAGUGAGAGCUGCUUCAGAAGGACUUUCAAAGCCGGAGUCGUCAUGGAAAGCGAGCCGCGGCGAAAAGGUCAUCCCGGCGCUGAGCAGCUACCUGACGUUGGCCAACAUCGACGGCUUCAACGUCCAGGACUACAUCCAGAAGCUCAACACCACAAGUUACCCCGUUGUCGGCCUUUCCGUCUCGGGAGGAGGCACGCAGUCGGGUGUCGGCGGUCUCGGCAUCUGGCAGGCCUUUGACGCUCGCAACCCAGCUGCGGUGCAGGCCAAAACGGGUGGUUUGACGCAGGUCUUGUCGUACAUUACUGGUCUUAGUGGCGGAGGAGCUCUCACAGUCAGCACCCUUGCCGCCAACGACUUCGUUUCCAUCGCAGAACUCAGAAAGGCGAUCAACUUCACCGUCGACUACACCAAGGGCAAGGAUGACAACCAGGACCAAUACCUUCAGGACAUCUUCGAGGAUAUGGGCGCAAAGGCGGAGCAAGGCCUCCCCGUCUCCGUUGCUGAUGCCUUUGGAAAGUUCUGGGCCGUCUAUCUGCCAGAGAACAAGACAUACGGCAAUUUCUCCGAUCUCACGGCUCAGAACACCGUCUUCUCCCGCGGAGAGGCGCCAAUGCCCAUCCUUGCCCUCUCCGAGGUCAUCCCAGGCCAGUCGCCUAGCAUCCAGAACAUCAUGUGGCCCGGCCGCAACGCCACCAAUGGCUUCAACCUCACUUCCUACGAAGUCACGCCGUUCGAGUUCGGAAGCUGGCGCGGUGGCAGAGUGCAGGCGUUCAUGCCAACCAUGUACCUCGGCACGUCCAUGUCGAACGGGACGGCGCAGAACAGCAGCGAGUGUGUGAUGGGCUUCGACAAGUACACCUUCCUGCAGGGGUCUACGGCUGAUGCUUUUGAUGCCUGGUUCAUCGAUGACUGGUAUGGCGUCCCGACGUUUGCGAAGCGAGAGCUGGAGAGCAGACAGACGGCUUCGAACAACAUCACAGUGCCUCCUGGAAAGGAGGGGAACGGUGAAGUUGAGCUUGUCAUCAAUACCGCCCAAAACUUCAACCAGUCGUUCAACGACUCGCUAUGGGCUACGUACCCGAACCCCUUCGAGAACAUGAACCCAGCCAUGCAAAACGUUGAUAACCUUCUUCUGCUUGAUGGAAGUAUGGCGGGCGAGACCAACCCGAUCCGACCCCUCAUCAUCCCCGAACGCCAAGUCGACCUCGUCAUCGUCUACGAGGCCUCCUCCGACUCGCUCAUGUACAACUGGGUCAACGGCACGAACCUCGUCAACUCCGCCCAGUCCGCCGCCCAGGGUAACAUCCCCUUCCCCAAGGUCCCCGACGUCAACACCCUCAUCACCAUGAACAUGACCAGACAGCCCACCUUCUUCGGCUGCAACGACACAGCCCCGACCCCGCUCGUCCUUUACCUGCCCAACUCCCCCUGGUCCGGCUACAUCAACUACACGUACACCAAGUCCUCCUUCACGGACAACGAGUUCGACCUCACCGUCGACAACGCCUUCCAGCUCGCGACCUACGGUAACGGCACCAUCGACGCCGCAUGGCCCGCCUGCCUCGCCUGCGCGACCAUCCGCGGCAGUCUCGCGCGGCUCGGGAUGGCGCUGCCGCAGCAGUGCCAGGACUGCUUCGCGAAGCACUGCUGGAACGGGAUGAUGUCGACGGCGCAGGUGACGGCCGAUGAUACGGAUCUGGUUCUGAGGCUGAACUCGAGCUUGUCUUACCAGGAGUGGAAUCAGACGUACUGGUCGAGCCAGACGAGUACGGGAGGUGGGAGCGGCGGCGGCGCCAGUGGUGGAAGCGGCGGUGGUAGCGGCACUGGCACGACUGGAGCUACUCCCUCUGCCUCAGGUAACCCCAACGGAGCGUCGAGCACAGCGGAGAUUAGCAGAGCUGCGUUUGCCGUCACUGUGGCUUCUCUCAUUGCCUUGAUAGCUUUGCUGUAG